AUGGGCAGGUGCCUUCUCCAGGUGUCAGGAACGUGGUAUGUGAAAGCUACAGCAUCUGACAAGAAGACUCCUAAAAAGAUGCUCGGCUCUGUGUCUGUGACUCCCAUGACCAUCAAGACCCUGGAAGAGGGCAACCUCGAAGUCAAGUUCACUGUCCAGAUUGCAGGAGAGUGCCGAGAGAUGAGCGUUGUCCUAGAGAAGACAGAUCAACCUGACAAAUACACAGCCUUUGGGGGCACUCAGGUGCUCUACAUCAUACCAUCUGCAGUGGAGGACCACUACUUCUUCUACUGGGAGAGCAACAAGCACAGGUUUCAGUUCCGAAUUGCAAAACUCUUGGGUAGAGACCCUGACAUCAAUCAGGAGGCCCUGGAAGAUUUUCAGAAUGCUCUAAGAGCUGGAGGCCUCAACGCAGAGAACAUCUUCAUCCCCAUGCAGAGUGAAACCUGCCCUCUAGGAAGCAAUUAGGGAGACGCAUGGGUCCAGGCCUGCCUCAGAGCAUUGCUCCACCCUGACCAUCUGAGCACAGGACACAGAAGGAGCUCUCUCACUCCCCCUUCUGGCUUCACCCACCC